GUAACCAUGGCAGGUGAUGACUGUGUAAGGAAACGCCAGUCUGGCUCCACUGCAACCUGCAAGACCCCUGAGAAUGAAGAAACACAGAGGAGACCUGAGAGUGAGAGGCCCUUCCAAAACUCAAGCAAUGGCUGGGUUGAUGUCGACCACGUGAUAACGAGGAAAAUGCAGCUCAUAGCAGAAGCUGAGCAACUAAAACCAGCAUUCAUGAAGGAGGUGGACAGUCACUUCACAGAGUUUGUGAACAGCUUGGUGGCAAAAUCAGCACUCCUGGAUUCCUCAUCUCCAGCCUCCCUUUUCCCAGCUUCCUGUGCAGAGAAGGAACUGCACAAAGCCAAGACUUCAAGGGCCCCUCCAGAACAUGGGAAAAUCUUUACUGCCAGGAGGUCCCUCUUGGAUGAGCUGUUUGAAGUGAGUCACAUCAGGACAAUCUACCACAUGUUCAUCGCUCUUCUCAUUGUCUUCAUCCUCAGUACACUUCUAGUAGACUUCAUUGAUGAAGGAAGGCUGGUCCUGGGAUUUGAUCUCCUGGUCUUUGUUUUUGGAAAGUUCCCAGUUGUCUUCUGUACUUGGCUGUGCAUGUUCACUGCCACAGUAUUUGUUCCAUACAAACUUUUUGUCUGGUGGGCCCAAGGCUAUUCCAGUUCCUCCCAUCGUUCAGUCCACUCUUUCUUCUAUGGCAUGCUGUUCACACUCUUCCAAAUAGCUGGGCUUGGGUUUGGACCAACCUAUGUUGCUGUAUCCUAUGCCCUGCCUCCAGCUUCCCGCUUCAUUGUAAUACUGGAACAGGUUCGUCUCGUUAUGAAGGCACAUUCCUUCAUCCGGGAGAACGUACCCCGAGUCCUGUCCUCGGUGAAGGACAAGUCUGGCACGUUACAUAUUCCUAGAAUUUCUCAGUACCUGUACUUCCUCUUUGCUCCCACCCUCAUCUACAGAGACAACUACCCCAGGAAUCCCACGAUAAGAUGGGGCUAUGUAGCUACCAAGUUUGCACAGGUGCUUGGUUCACUCUUCUAUGCCUACUACAUCUUUGUGAGACUCUGCAUUCCUCAGUUUCGCAACAGUAGUCAGGAAACCUUCAACCUUCGAGGGCUGGUCCUCUGUAUCUUCAACUCCAUCCUGCCAGGUGUACUGAUUCUCUUCCUGGUGUUCUUUGCGUUCCUUCACUGUUGGCUCAAUGCGUUUGCUGAGAUGCUGCGCUUUGCAGACAGGAUGUUCUACAAGGACUGGUGGAAUUCCACAUCCUAUGCAAACUACUACAGAACCUGGAACGUGGUAGUCCAUGAUUGGCUCUAUUACUAUGCCUACAGGGACUUCCUUUGGUUUUUUGGUAAGAAGUUCAGAGCAGCAGCCAUGCUGUCUGUCUUCACUGUGUCAGCUGCUGUGCACGAGUAUGUCCUCAGCAUCUGCUUUGGCUUCUUCUAUCCAGUUCUCUUCUGCCUGUUUUCAUGCUUUGGAGUGGUCUUCAACUUCACCCUGAAUGACCGUCGGAAAGGGCCCUUCUGGAAUGUGAUCAUGUGGACUUCCCUCUUCCUGGGCCAAGGUGUCAUCAUCUGCCUCUACAGCCAGGAGUGGUAUGCCCGCCAGUACUGCCCCACAGAAAAUCCCACAUUCCUGGACUAUUUAAAGCCACGCUCAUGGUCGUGUCAUACGAAGAUGUGA